GACUCGUUUUGUUCACUUAUAUUUGGCUUGCCGUGUGAUGAAAUCCUUCCUUUAAGAAAGCUACUUAUAUAUAAAAUUUAUAAAGAAAAGAUGCAAAAUCAGUCACUUUUUUUGUCAGGACCCAACUUCUAUAUGUACCUACCACAACCACCAACUAGUUUCCAGCUGACAUUUCCAAACAGUUUCUCUUUCUCUAUCUAUCUGUUUCUCUCCUUGUUUUGCGGUUGCUUAAAAUCUGUCUACAAUUUACCAGAGGUUUUUUGAGAGGGGAAUCAAUAUUUUUGGUGUUCUUUUUGGUGGUGUAUCUGUGGCUAAGUUAAAGGAAUACGUUCUGGGAGAGGAGGAAGCCAACAAAAUGGAAUCCUCUGAACCCAAGCAACUGCAGCAACCUGUCAAGGAAGAGAAAGAUGCAGCACAUGAGAAUGAUAUAGACGUAGAGAAGAGCGUGAUCCCAGUUCCUGAAAAAGUUGCAUCAGCACCAGCUGUAGAGAACAGUCCAAACGACAGAGAUUCUGUACUUGCACGAGUUGAGACAGAAAAAAGACUAGCUUUAGUUAAAGCAUGGAAGGAAAAUGAAAAGGCAAAAGUAGAUAACAGGGCACAUAAGAAGAUAUCUGCUAUUGAAUCAUGGGAGAAUACCAAGAAAGCUGACGUAGAAGCACAGCUAAAGAUAAUUGAGGAAAAACUGGAAAAGAAGAAGGCAGAGUAUGCUGAGAAAAUGAAAAACAAAGCUGCCGAAAUCCAUAAGGAAGCAGAAGAAAAAAGAGCAAUGAUAGAAGCCAAGCGAGGAGAAGAAUUUCUCAAGAUAGAGGAGACAGCAACGAAAUUUCGUGCAACUGGAUAUACACCUAAGAAGUUUCUUGGAUGUUUCAGCAGUUAACAUCCUUUAUUGAUAUUCAAAGGAGAGAAAACUGUUUUUUUUUUUUUCUUUUCUGGAUUUCAGUUUGUUCUUUUUCCAUCUCCCCCUGUUGGUUUGUAAAUGGGACGUUCUAAUAUUGGUGAACAUCAAAUUAUCUGUGUGUAGAUAUAUAUGUGAGAUACAUUAAUGCUAUUUUCAUAAAUCUAGUUGUAAUUUUUUUAGAAAUUUAUGGCUUGUA